GCAUCAUGUGCGGCCUGAUAUCUGAUCAUCGACGAUAAACUUCUUUCUGGUGAACCAUCGGGCGUAAUGAUGUCGGAACUCUGCCAUCGCUCUCUCGACAUGAUACCUGAGGAACUUGAGAAGGAAAGUCGUCCUGCUGUCGUACAAUCCGGCAUGUAUGCAGCGGAAAUGCUAUCCAGGCGCUAUGCAAUGCGCGCAGUUAAUGUUGUCAUCGUUGACGAAUUAGCAUGGGUAUGGUGGUAUGAUCAACAAGGUACAAUCCAGUCGAGCGGUAUCGACUUCAUCAAGGACCUUCCCUGUUUCCUUGUUCUCAUUGCCACAUUCCGUCAUUUGGGUCUGCGUGAAUGGGGUGUUGACGCCACACUGGGAAGGGAUGGACGUCAGUAUCAUUUGAGGAGGGCUACAAGAGAACAUACAAGGAACGACAAAACGGUUCACGAGAUCCACCCUCGUCGCAAACCCCAUGGCUUCGAUGUCGUAUUCGGAGAUCGCGAAGAUCAGACGAAUGUCAAGACAGUGGCCACUGUUACACGUCCUGACAAAAUUGUUAAAUCGCAAUAUCCCCCUUUCGGUCCGGAAACAAGGGACUUUGAGGCCACGCAGAAGAAGGCGACCCAAGCAGAUGCAGUCAUGAAGAUAUACUGGCCGGAGGUCACUCUCACGAGCGAGGCCGUCGUUUUGGAGCACGCAGUAGAACUGGGUCGAGGAGACCCGCUCAUAGAGGGACAUCUGCCCACAGUACUUGCCUCGUACGACUUGGGUUACUCCACCGGAACGAUUGGCGAGGACAUUCAGAAAGAAAGGCGAACUGAUGGGGAUGCUAUCGGUGACUCACGUUGCAUGCGCCUACUGCUGAUGCGGAAACUGUUACCCAUCGAGGGAUUGCCCGCUGAGGAGUUUCUCCGUGUAUGGGUGGAAUGCUAUCGAUGUCAUUUCGCACUCUGGAUGAAGGGCUUUGAACACACGGACAUCAGUAUUGACAACCUGCUCUAUGACCCCAUCAGUCGAAAAGGUGUUCUGAAUGUUUUCGAUUUGGCUAGGAUCCGCCUGGACAGUAAGAACCAGGCGACAGGGCAGGAACAGACUGGCGCCAUCCCCUUCAUGGCAAUGGAUCUCCUCUCAAGAGAAUGUUUCCGCGGAGAGAUCGUGCGUUUGUACCGCCACGAUUUCGAAUCAUUCCUUUGGAUCCUGCCCCAUAAGCUGCUGCGUGGCGUCGAUGAACAAGGUGCAAAUUUGGCAAAAUGGGAUACUGGCGAUUACAAUCGUUGUCUAGACUCCAAGAACACCUUUCUCAACACGAAUUUGGGAAGAUGGAGGGCUAAGGAUGAGAAUGAACGGGUUUGGGAAGGCAUUGGGUACUGGUUGAUGGACUGGUUGAGGGAUAAACUUUACGAGAUGACAAAGUUGCAUGGUGUCAGGAAUCUGGCACCAGAAGAGCUGUCACAGAGUGACCUCGACAAGAUAAAUCGAUGGGAUGAUCAGUCCAACCAGUCGGCCAUUCAGGUUCUCAAAGAAGCUGAGAGUGUCAUUGCGACGCGCUUGGCUAAGGCGGGUUCCUUCAUUCCCUUCCAACCACUCUCUGACGAAGAGCUCCAACGGUAUCUCACCUCUCGAUCAACUCCUCCUUCAUCCUCCUGAGUUCCACCUUCUCCCCUCACCUUCAAUUAUGGCACCAUAUUUACCUUGCGACAGCAAGGUCUCUCCCAGGCCACAAUGUAACACGUUUUUUGUCACGUUCUUUGACAUUGUUUGUCAUCAUUUGCAUUAAUUUGUUUUUGUCAUCGAUGGCGAUUGUCCAGCCACUUUCGCAUCACAUCUGCCUAAUCGUACAUCCGAUGUCUUACUGCUCUCCUUCGCACUCCUAUUUUCCAUACUUCCUGUUGCACAUCUCCAUCGUGUGGUCGAAUGUACAUUGUACACACGCUCACCUAAUAGUACAG